AUGUUCGUAGAGCUUUCAACGACCAUUGGUGACUCGGUCGCACCAGAAGACACCUCAUCAGAAAACCAUGUUUCGCCGUUGGGGCAUCGACUGCCCGGCAUUAAACACAGUACCUGCGCUGGCCAUGUUCACUGGGCCAUCACGCUGCUGCAAACGAGCUGGACGAUUAUCCAGAGUAUCGCACGCGCCGUGAAGCACCUGCCGCUGGCGCCGCUCGAGCUGUUCACGCUGGCCUUCGUCAAGGAGACAAUUUCAAAGAUGUAG